UCCGUUAAUGCUGACACGUUGUCUUCUACCUACUAGAAAAUCUCUGAUACAUUGGAGUAUGUUUCUAUGUUUAUGUAUGAAUUCUAGAAAUGAAUUUCACAUAUAAAAAAGCUUUCCACUCAAGGUGGAAUGCUUUCCCUAGAUCCUAGAUAUAGUGCUCUGCCAGUGCCAGUUGAAUUUAGAGGAGAGAUUCAUUGACGCUGAAAACUCAUGGCAAUAAAGACAACAAUGUUCCGACAUCUUUGUAUUAAAGAUUUAUCUGGGCUCCUGAGAAGCUCUGGACUGUGGCAUGGUUGCUCCUCUAGUUUCAUGUCACUGCAGCCACAAAGGAGUUUACAUACAAAGCCUAAGACUGGGGUGCUGAUGUUGAACAUGGGAGGUCCUCGCACCACAGAUGAGGUGCAUGACUUCCUCUUGCGGCUGUUCCAAGACCGAGAUAUCAUCCAGCUUCCUGUGCAAAAGUAUCUGGGAGCUUGGAUUGCCAAGCGCCGCACCCCGAGCAUCGUGCAGAAGUAUUCAGAAAUAGGCGGCGGCUCGCCUAUCUUCAAGUGGACAGACAUGCAGGGGCGCCUUCUGUGUGAGCGUUUGGACGCCGAGUGUCCAGCCUCGGCGCCUCACAAGCAUUACGUCGCCUUCAGGUAUGCGAACCCUCUUACUGAAGACACUCUGGAAGCCAUGGAGAACGAUGGCGUGGAACAUUGCAUUGCGUUCUCUCAGUAUCCGCAGUAUAGCUGCAGCACUACAGGUUCCAGUAUGAAUGCCAUACAGAAGUUUUAUGCUAAUAAAAAACAAGAAUCUUCUAUGAAAUGGAGCGUCAUUGAUAGGUGGUGCACUAACCCCUACCUCGUCAAGUGCUUUGCUGACAACAUCAAAAAAGAACUUGAUCUGUUUCCUGAAAAGAGGAGGAAGGAAGUCUUCAUACUUUUUUCGGCGCAUUCCCUUCCUCUGCGCCAAGUGGAAAAAGGGGACCCUUAUCCAAGCGAAGUGGGGGCAACAGUGCAACUAGUAAUGAAGGAACUGAAUUUUUGUAAUCCCUAUAGACUAGUUUGGCAGAGCAAAGUUGGGCCUUUGCCAUGGCUCUCUCCAGACACUGAACAUUCCAUCAAAAACCUCGUGCGACGCGGCAAGUCUAAUAUUUUGCUGGUACCAAUCGCCUUCACGAGCGACCACAUCGAGACCCUCCACGAGCUGGACAUCGAGUACGCGCGUGACGUCGGCAACGAAGUUGGUGCUGAAUGCAUUCGUCGGUGUGCCGCUCCUAAUGAUCAUCCUCUCUUUAUUGACGCUCUCGUGGACGAGGUGUCACGUCACAUUAAAUCAGGACACAGAUGCUCGCCGCAGUUUCUGGUGAACUGCCCCAUGUGCAGCAACCCUUCUUGCUACAAUUCCAAACAGUGGUUCAAGUACAGCACACGAAAAUUCGACUGAAGCUUCAACAUCAUUAGUUUGUAUCUUCAGUUAUACGCAAUUUACUACGCUCUCUUCUACCUAAAUUGGGGGUUCUUCUUGAAUUCCUGAACAAACUUGUAACUUAUAAAAAGGAUAUAUGAGGUAUGGUGUGAAUGUAUAUAUACAUGAGCGAAAAAUUUAGUUCAAUGGAAAUGUAGAACUAUUUGAUAGUUGAAAUGGCCGAAUGAUUUUGUAAACAUUCUAUUGAAAAUAUUGCUAGCGUUCGUAAAUCGGUUAUCUGGGUUCUGUUAUUUCGUGCUUGCCGAAUAUCUAAAAGGUAUCCGUCCUCCUUUACAUUUAUAUAUACUUCUUGUUUAUUACAACAAAAAUGUUUAACUAUUCCCACUAAUAAAAGGGUAAUAAAAUUCAAGUUUAUGGUAAAGUUUAAUUUUUCUUCAAUGAACCGUUUCAUGAACAUAAAUAAAACAACCUGGUAUCAAAUGUAGUCUUAUUGACAAUAAUGCCAGGACAAGGAAUAAUGUCAUGUUAAUGCUAAUACAACUUUUCCUUACAUUGUACAACAAAAGAUCAUUUUACGUCGAGAUCGCUACCGUCAACCAUCAGCUACUAACUAGACGUUCACAUUGAGCGCGCACCCUGGCCACUCCCACUGGCGACGUUCUCCUUGUUCUGCCCCCGUUCAUUCUGCCGUAGAAGUCAUCAUCAUUAAAUUCGAAUAUAUUCCCUCAACACUAGAAAUUUUUUUCAAUGGAUCGAGUGAUUCAUUAAAACGCAUUGAAAUUUUUGUUUAUUUUAUAAAUGGGUAUUCUAUCA